AUGGCGCGAAAACUGCCCUGGAAAAGGACAUGCGAGACCUCUCCAAGCGACACAAGAAGAAAACCAGCAGCUCAGAGUCCUCGAGCCUUUUUCUCGGCCUCAAAAUCGACGGCGCAAAAUGACAACCGCGAUAUCCUGCGAACGCCCGUGUCGCGCAGAUAUGCUCAGCGCGUCUUAGAUUCGGAUCCUAUUCGAAGUCCAUCGACUUCGCCUCCUCCAGAGCGGCCUCAUGAACAAUUCAUGAUCCCAGGGCCACUUAAUGACGAUAAGUACAGAAUGGUCGACGAUGAGUUUCUGCACAUCGCCCAGCGCUUCACGGCGCACCUCCACCGAGCAGAGUACGAUCGCCUCAAGACACUCGCAAAGGCUCAGAACGCGGCUACCAUUCGCGAGAUUGAGCGGCCAGUUGUGGUGGAUGCAGUACCGACUGCGAGAGCACGACAGAGAAGCGUCUUGGCUCAGCGGGAUAUGAAGCAGCGUAAGACACUGGAGGGCGAUGGAGAAGCAAGGGACGAUGAGAACGUGCCGUCGCUGGCGAGGACAAAUCUGCGGGGCUUGAUGGAGGCGCCGAGGCGGGAAGGCAGGAUAAUUAUGCCGUCUACAAGUGCUUCGUCGUCAUCGAGCAGGACGAGGGCAGCUGCGGGCUACUCGAGCAAGUCUUCGCCACAGGGAGAUCGUCGAAGCCGAGCGAGAUCGCCACCAGCAUCAAUAUCAUCGUCUACCAAAAGGAUCAAAUUCGAACAGCCCUCUCAUACACGCCCAGCUACUACAUCGAGCAGAACCGUUGUACCGAAUCCUCAUAUAGGCAACCAAGCCACGUCCUCAUCUGCUACAGAAACAGCUCACACGAAUAUUUCUCACUCAGAUCGCAGCAACAAUGAUCGCCAAUCUACUACUGUCCACAGUCUAGAUGACGAGUUUGAUGAUGACCUUUUUGGACUGCACGAGCGCAGGAUGAACAGAAAAAAGACAAGAGAGCAGUUCAAACGACCAGACGUCAAACGUGAAGUCAAGGGAGAGUCAAGGACGAUUGAUUUCGGUUCUAUACCGUCCUUCUUCUGA